AUGAAGCACCUGUGGGUGGACCCCGUGAAGGGCAGCGACAGCCGCAGCGGCGGCAGCCGCAGCCAGGCGCUGCGCACGCUGGCCGCCGCCUGGCUGCGCAUCCCCGCCAGCCGCGCGCUGACCGCCGGCUACCACAUCCACAUCCUGCGCGGCACGCUGCCGCCCUCAGCAAUCUAUCACUACUGGGAGAGCCGGUGGGGCAGCCGGGAGGCCCCCAUCAUCAUCGAGGCGGUGGAGGGGAGGGGGUCUGUCGUGCUGCAGGCCCCUGUCAAUGUCUUCGACGUCAGGCACCUCCACCUCAUCGGCCUCAUCAUCCGCGCCCCGGGAGACCCCUUCCACUGCGAGAGGUGCACCAACCUGCUGCUGCGCAACGGCGUGUGCGCCAGCGGGUCGUGGCUGGACUGCGGGGUCCAGGAGGCCAUCAAGAUCAACCAGUGCCGCGGGGUGUGGAUCGAGGGCGUGGUGGCGGGGUGGGCAAACGACAACGCCUUUGACUGCGUGUCCUGCCAGUACGGCCACAUCCUCAACUCCCGCUUCCACCACUCCGAGUGGGGGGUGUACCUCAAGGGUGGCUCAGCUUAUUUCAUCGUGGCUUCCAACGAAAUCCACACCCACGGCUCCUCCGGCUUUGCGGCGGGCCAGGGCACCGGCUUCGAGUUCAUGGACGCGCCCUGGCUGCAGUACGAGGCGUACGACAUAAAGCUGUACAACAACCUCAUCCGCAACAUCGAGGGCGCCGGCUUCGGCGUGUGGGGCUGCUACAACUGCAUGUAUGCUUACAACACGCUGGUGGGGGUGGGCAACCGCAGCCACCUGAUCGACAUCAAGUUUGGGGAGCGGACGUGCGAUGGCAACCCGCGCGUGUGCUCCGCCAACAAGGCUCUGGGCGGGUGGGGCCCGCGCACGGUUGGCCCCGUCACCUCCAUCCCCAACCGAAACGUGUUCAUCAUCAACAACGUGAUCUACAACCCGCCCGGCACGCAGUCGCAGUGGCAGCACCUCCAGGUGGACGACCCCCGCGGAUCCCUGACCUCCGACAAAAACCUGGUGAUACGGGGCAACGUGGUGUGGAACGGCGGCGCCGACAAGCCGCUGGGCGUGGGCGAGGCGUGCACCGCCGCCAACCCCACCUGCAACCCGACCCAGCUGGUGGCCCAAAACGCCUUCAACACCGUGCGCCCUGACCUCAGCCGCACCACCUUCCGCCCCGCCUCCGCCACCGGCAAACUGGCAACGUACACGGGGCUGUGGCGCCCCAUUGCCGCAUUCCCCGCCUGGGCGGCGGCGGUGGUUCUUGGGCCGGCAGUGCCGACAGGCAGGCUGGCCAAUGCAGUGGCAGCAGACCGGGCGGGGGAGGCCAGGACGGCGCAGCGGGACGCUCCGGGGGCCUACGUGCCGCCAAAUUCCAUCGUGGGUUAG